AUGCGGCAGUCCAGUGCCUUGUUGUCGACGGUACUCCGGACGUGGACCAUUAUUAUGUACGGCACGUUCGUCAUAUGGAUCAUCUCGCCACUGUUCACCGACGACGUCGCGAAGAGCAUGUAUAACACAAAGUGGAUACCUGACAUGUCUGAGACCACGUACAAGUUGCCACCUGUCUGGGCCGCAAUCUACGCAACCGACUUUUUCACGAUGAUGGUCAACGUGAUCAUCUUGGCGAUGUUCAACUGCUACCCGUUCUCCGUGUGCUUCGUACUCAGGGCUCAGUUCCUCACGUUGGCAGCCGGGUACUCGAUGAUCGGCCAAAAAAGUUGA